AUGGCUGAAAAUUCCGACAGAAAUGAUUUAAAUGCUGAUGAUAUUUUAUUUGAUCGAGAGAAUGAGGUUUUGGGUUUUGAUUCUUCAACAAGGUCCAAUGUCAGUGUUUCUGAAGCCCUAAUCGGUGAUGUUGGAGGAACCGAUGGUUCAAUGGACCUGUUUUCUGGGAGUGAUGCGGUUGGGUUUCACAUGAACUCAGUGAUUAAUAGCUGUGAAAAAGAGGGAUUUUUUCAAGGAAAUGUGAAUGGUUUGGAGGAUGGAGGAAUGUUUGGUGUUGUUGAUGGUAGGUGUGAUGAGAAAGUGGAAAAAGUUUCAUGUGGGUUGGUGAAGAAUGAGGAUGAGAAUGUGGAAAAAAUGUCAUGUGGGUUGGUGAAGAAUGAAGAUGAGAAAAGUGUGAUUCAAUGCUCUGGUGAAGGUGUGGAGUCUGAUAAAGGUUUGGUUUUUGGAUUGAAUGAUUGUGUUCAGAUUGAACAUGAAUUUGAGAAUGUGGAGAAAGUUGCAUUGAGUAAUGAGGUUCAAGAAGAUGAGGAUGGGGUUGAAAACAUGGAUGUCGAUGCACAGGAGUCUUCGGAUAUGAAUGUUUCAGUUUCGAAAAAGGCCUUUCUGUCGGAUUCCCAAGUAAAUGUGAUUCAGAAUUAUGUCAUAGGCAUCGGUAAUUCUGGUGAAGCCAACUCUGAGGAUAAUCGAUAUGACUGUGGUGGUUUAGAUCUUGUGGUGGAUCUUAAUUCUUAUAAAAACACUCAGGAGGAUAAUGUGGCAAAGGAUUCGGUGUUUUCUGAUGUUAACUAUCACGUAUCUGAUUUAGUAUGGGGAAAGGUUAGGGGUCAUCCUUGGUGGCCUGGUCAGAUAUAUGACCCCUCGGUUGCUUCCGAGAUGGCAAAGAGGCACCGGAAGGAAAACUGUUACCUGAUAGCAUAUUUCGGAGACCAAACAUUUGCUUGGAAUGAUGUGUCAAUGAUAAAACCGUUUCAUAAACAUUUCUCCAAAUUUGAGAAACAGAGCGAUUCGGAAGUUUUCCGCCACGCUGUUGAUUGUGCUGUAGAGGAAGUUUCGAGACGGAUAGAGUUUGGCCUGUAUUGUCGUUGUACGCCUGAAGAGGUAUUCGCCAAUGCUGAAACCCUUGAUCAAUCAAGCAGAAGAAAUGGCGGGGACAGGUUUAUAGGUGCCACAUCAUUUGAACCGGCGGAAUGUGUCGGUAUUGUUAAAUCAUUAGCUCAGUCACCACUUACGGAGUUUGAUAGACUGGAUUUUGUAAGUGCUCGUGCCCAAGUGUCGGCUUUUAAUCGUUCAAAAGGCUAUUCAGAACUGCCUGAGUUUGCAGUGCUUGGUCGGUUGUUUGAGAACGAUAUGGAAACCCUACCUCUAAUAGAGAAAGAGCAGUUUGAUCGAGUUAAUGAACAAGUUUUGAAACCCGAUCAAGGCUUUUUGCAGAACUCCGGAUCAACUUCACGGCGUGGAAGGAAACCAAAGGAAGCUUACGAUACUUCUGAUUAUUGUUACCAGAAUUUCCAAAAUGCUGGUAUUAAUUCAACUUCACGUCGUGGCAGAAAACGGAAGUUAUUAGCUUGCAAUAGUUCUGACUGUUGUUGCAACAAUUUUCAAACUGGAAAUCCCACCCAAUUACAGAAUGUAUCCGUAGAUGAUUUGUGGUCUCAACUAUGCUCGGUUGCCAAAGAUCCUAUUGGAGAAAGUUGCUACAGUGAGGUGAUACAUUACUUUGCGGAAUUUGGAAAAUUCAGUGGCCGGAACAAUUUUGCUUUCUUUCAGGAGGGAUUGUCUUUAGAACAAGAGCAAGAUGCUGAGACUAGAGUAAUAACAUCGGUAGAACCUGCUGCUACAGCUUCUAUAUCGACACCGAUGGAGGUUUGCAAUGAUUCUUAUUGGACUGAUAGAAUAAUUCAAAGCACUCCUGAAGAGGAGACUCUCUUAAAAAAACAAGAUGAAAGAGAGAAACUUUUGGAGGCUGCCAAAAUCAUCCCUAAUUCGAGUUUAAUGCAUCAAGAUAGCGACGAAAAUCCCGGAUCAAAUCCCUCCAACAUUAUGGAACGUGAUACUAAUGUAAAUCUGAUAUCAGAACCUUCUAACAAUGUGGAACAUGUGAACGAGAGUUCUCCAACUGCUCUUAAUCUGAUAUCUGAACCUUCCAAUAAUGCGGAAUAUGAUACUGAUGUAAAUCUCAUGCCAGAACCUUUGAACAAUGUGGAACAUGUGAACGAGAGUUCUCCAACUGCUCUUACUCUUAAAUUUACAAAUUUUGAGUCAGUUCCUUCAGCAACCCAUCUGAACCAGAUCUUUACCAGCUACGGGCCACUAAUUGAAUCAAAGACUGUGCUGCUAGAGAAAACUAACUGCGCCAGAGUUGUUUUCAAAAGACGCGUUGAUGCAGAAAGUGCCUUUAGCAGUAGCGGAAAGUAUAGCAUAUUUGGACCUUCAUUAAAGAGUUACCGCCUCAAGAUUUUGCCUCCCACGCCACAGAAAGGUACGGGAAAGCGAGGUAGAAAAAGCAAAAAGGAAAAAAGUUCUGUGGACGCCGCAGCAGUUUGA